AGUGUUGCAAAACGAGCACGACUUGACGUUGACCUGCACAUACGUGUGAGUUCAAAUAUAAAACCUUUAAAAUCCGGGUGACGGAAUGGCCGAGCCGCGCCGCCGUUUCCGCAACAAGAAGCGAGAUGAGAACCCCUGCGGCAUCCUGGCGCCCGUGACCAUUGCCCGGCGCGAGGAUGCGCGCCUGGUGCAGCCAAAGAUUCUGUUGAAGAAGGAUCGCGACCGGGACAAAGAGUGGGACAGGAAUGGCGAUCGGGAUCGGGACCUGGUUAGGGACAAAGAGGCGGAGCCUAGUCCCACCAGCAACACUAGUAGCAGUUACCCCGAUGCACCAGCGGCCAUCAAGACGGUAAUCAUCAAUCGUACGUGCGAUCUGCGGCCAUCGGACAGGUGUCAUCAGAUAUCCAUGCUUGGAGGAGGAGCACCCAACUCGAUGGAAGGAGGAGCUCCUGCCCAAGCCGUGCCGUCGACCUCCGUCUGCGCUGCCUUGAUUAGCUCGGCACCUUCGCCGAAUGGCCAAAGGGACAAAGGCAACUGCGCAGGAGCCGCAGGCAGCUCAGCCGGAGCAGCAGGUGCCCUCCAGGACAUGCAGCCGCCGCGCAUGAACCGUCCCACGCCCAUCAUAAUGGCCAAUGGUGUCUUUAAUGCCACUGCCCGCAAGGUGUUUCACAAGACCAACACAGAUUUCACUGUCAUAGGCGUUUUGGGUGGCCAGUGUUCCGGCAAGAGCACGCUGCUCAAUCUCCUGGCUGCUGAGCGGUCCCUGGACUACGACUACUACCAACACCUGUUCUCGCCAGAGGCGGAUGAGUGCGUCUUCGCCACCCGGCACAAGGCAAAGCCAAAUAACGGACAAAAGAAUUUGCGUCCCCGCACCGAGGCUUUGCAGUUCUUCAUCACCCGGGAACGUUACAUCCUGCUGGACUCGCCACCGCUGCUGCUGCCCGUGGGCAAGGAGCCGGACCAUCAGGAUCUGAACUCCCUGGCAGCCAUGGCUCAGCUGCUAAGCGUGUGUCACGUCCUGAUUUUGGCCAUUGAUGGCUUGGCCGUGGAGCAGUUGCGUAUAUUGCAGGCUGCCCUUCGACUCAGACCCACGUUUCCUUGCAAGGGCUAUGUGCGGGACCACCUGCCGCAGGUGCUGUUCGUGCGCACACGUGCCCAGCGGCUGGAUUUCGAGCCGGUGCAGCGGGAGCGAUUGGACAAGAAGCUGGCGUUCCUGUACGGGCCCACGGGAUUGCCUAUUUACUGGGGCAGAGGCGAGGCACGCUGUUUGAACACAUUUCUGCUGCCGGAAGUGAGCAGUAAUGCACCCACCGCUUUUCACGCUGGCCUGGGCGAACUAGUCCGACAGUUUCGUGAGCGUGUACUCGGUGCCACGCGCGUCUCCAUGUGCCACACAAGCACCGAGCUGAGCGAGGCCAUCUGGUUCGAGAUCCUGGCGGAAAGCGCUCGCAAAGGUGCCCCCCAUUUCGAGAAGAUAUAUGCGGAGAUCAAGCUACGCCACUUGGACACUCGCUGCCAGUGGCGGUCGGACAAUUGGCGCACCUUCCUCAGUGGCACAGGCACCGAAAGCUGAUCCAAAGAACUGUAUUAUUGGGCAGGGAUUACUUGGACCAUUUUAGAGAUUAAAUUUCCAAUAUCACA